AUGCCGGCUUGUACUGCUAUCAUCGAUCUGUCGUCCUGCGCCACCACCUCUUUGGCUGCAAAUGCCCAUCUGCCGGGUCUGCGUCGGUCGUCGCGGUUCCAGAUCGCGGCGCUUUGUAAUCGUAGUCUGUCGGCCGCCGAAGCCGCCAUCGAGGAAUACCAACUGGAUGCCACUAGCGUCACUCCCUAUGGCAGUUCCGCCGAUCUGGCUGGGGAUCGCACGAUCGAUCUCGUGCUUUGUAGCACCCGCGUCGAUCGGCACUAUGAGACAGCGUUGCCCAUGAUUCACGCGGGCAAAUCGACCUACUUUGAGUGGCCCAUUGCUAGCAAUUUGACCCACGUUGAUGAGCUUCUUGCCGCCGCCUGCAGCAGUGGUGCGCGAGUCGCUGUGGGGCUCCAAAGUCACUUUGCUCCCCCCGUGCGUCGGAUCCGAGCCCUGCUCCAGUCGGGCUCCCUGGGUCGAUUGUUAAACACGGAGGUCCGAGCCUUUGGAGGCACCCUGGAUCGCGAAAUCCUCCCACCCGGAUUGGCCUAUUAUGCCCAGCGAGGAGUGAUCGACUUCGUGCAAUCUGUCGUAGGAGAUGUGAUUCCCGAGACCGACCACAUCCAAUUUCAGCUUCAGCGCCCGAGCAUUCGUGUGCGGGAGCCUAGCACACAGGGUCUAUCGUGGAGACUAUGCGUUCCGAUGUCCCGGACCUGGUCAGCCUCCAUGGUAAUUGGCGUCGCAGCCAGACACCUGCCGGAGUCUGCCCACGUGGCACCCCAGGCUAGUCUAGUCGCCUUCUUCAGCCGGGGCCAAUUCUUUCCUGGGGAUCCGCAAUUGAUAUGGACCUUGACCUUUGAACAAGGUGCGAUUCGCCUUGUCUCCCCGUCUGGAAUUGUGCUGGGCGCAAAUACCUACGCCGAGCCUGUGACCACCUCGUUCCAGCGUGUCCACACUGGUGAAGUAGAAUCCGUUCCCUGGACAUGGUCCUCGGAGCAGGAGGCGUUGCCCUUCAGUGCACGCUCCGUCUACAGCUGCUUGGCGAGCUUGGCAGAAGGGGUUUCCAAUGCAUAUGUAUCCCUGGAACAGGCUGCUGCACGGGCACGACGGCUUGCACGCUGGCUAGACUCGUUUCCAGCACAUUGGUAA